AGAGUAAGAGAGAGAGUAAGAGAGAGAGUAAGAGAGAGCAAGAGCGAUAUCCAAGCCGGCGCAAGCUCUCUCUUUUGCUGCUACAACGGAUCCUUUCCACAUCGACGCUACUGUUAACGUCACGCCUGUAAGCCGCGCGCUCACCCGGCGCUCGCCUUACCCCGGUCCUGCUCCUCUCCCCCCAGCCAGACGCUGCAUCAGAGAGGGGGUGCUGAUCACCACGAGGAGAGGAGGGAGAGAGAGAAAAAAAAAGAACUGGAGAAAACAAGAAGGAAAAAGAAACAAGCCGGAGAGAGAGGAAGGAGAAACUGCGCACCAACCCCUCCUCCCUCUAACCCAACCUCGAUCAACCCAGCUACAACACCCCCCCUCCCCCCCGCCCCCCCCCCCCCCCUCUGAAGAAAUUGACGGAUUAUUGGGAAGUGCAAGGGAGGCAGGCUGCAGCUGCUGCUGUGGGUGCUCACUACUGCUGCUGUGUGCUUCGUGGGGAUGGUGUGUGUGUGCACGCGUUUGCUGCUUUCCGCCACUGCUGCUGAGGCUAGAGCGUGUGGCUAGUUAAGAGGAGGGGAGAAGAAGCUAAUGAAGCCCGUGUGAGUCGCGGUAUUAUUUUCAACCCCCGCCGAGCACUCCUGGAGGAAGGAGAAAGAAAAAAAAAAAAAAAGAGAAAGAAAAAUCAAGUGGACACGACGCCACAUUGAAAGGGGGAGCAAAGGCAAAGAGAGAGCGAGAGAGAGAGAGACAGAACGGCUGUCAGACUGACCAACCGACCAACUGAUUGACCACUAAAAAGUGAACAGAGGAAUACAGAGAGGAGGGGGGUCUGCUUUUUUUUCUCUUCCCCUUGGCUUGUCAACCUCACCUCCAAACCAUCGCAAAACUAAAAAGGCACAGAACAUUUGAGAGGACUGUGGAAUUUCCAUUCAACCUUCUUCAAUCCUCCCCCCCCCCCCAACCUACAUCCCUCUUUUCUUGGUCCUUUUCCGUCUUGGCUUUUUUGGUGCACAAAAACAAAAUUGCGCCUGUGUUUUGCGUUGUCGCCUGUGCUAUGGAGACCUGGGUAAAGUGUCUAGCAGGGGGAUCAACUGUCGGAUUCCAAGGACAAGCGAGAGAAGAGGAGCCGACAGCGAGAAGCGAGCAAGGGAGCACUGCUGCUUUCGGAGCCUGACUGGAUUCCUAGCUGCAGUUUUUUUUUUUCUUCUUUUUUUUCUUCUCAACAACAAACAAAGGGAGGGGAAAAAAAAAAAACUCACAAAAGGGCCUUUUCGAACCUCUCUCUUUGGACGUGUGGAUUUACAAAAGGGCUCGUCGUGGUUAAGCUCUUUGGCAUUGGUACCCUUUUUGACAGAGCAAACAUAAAAAAGGCUUUAUUUGCUGCUCUUGGGAUAUACAUACACCUGGUGUGAAUACCACUGCUCUUUCUGAUUGCAAACAGGAGGGAAACUAUAUAUCACAGUUCAAGGACCUGUAAUAAUAACUUGAGAAAAGCCAGCCCUCUCUGCCGUCCCUCCUUCUACCCAUGAGCACAGUUAAAAACAUUGCUUCAUCGAGGAUAGGUCAAGCCCCAAAAUCCACAUCCUCCCCUUGGUCCUCUUCAGUUCCCUUGACUUCUUUGCUCUGGUCACCGUAAACACUACAACCAGCCAACCAGCUACUUUCUCUGAUCCCCCAAAGCCCCCCCCCCAACCACCACCCCAAACAUCCCCACCCCCCCCCCCCCCCCAGAUGAUGCUGAAUUAUGAACGUGCCACAUCAUGAGUCUCCUGGGGCGGGUAGCUGUGCAUCGUGCCAGGAAAGCCGCCCUACUCUGUGUAGUCUUCCUGAUGGCGCAAGCGUGGAGCAGUGCCUCCCCGGCCUUGGCGGGGGCGGCGGUGUCUCCGGGACCCCAGGGCUGUCCACUGCAAUGUUCCUGUAGUAAUCAGCAGGGGAAGGUGGUGUGCACUCGACGUGGCCUCACCCGCGUGCCCCCCGGCAUUCCUGCAAACACGCGACAUCUCAAUCUGAUGGAAAACGCCAUCGAGGCGGUGCAGGCUGACUCCUUCCGCCACCUGCACCACCUUGAGGUGCUCCAGCUGGGGCGAAAUGCCAUACGGCAGAUUGAGGUGGGCGCGUUUAAUGGACUCACCAGCCUCAACACACUGGAGCUGUUUGACAACCGGUUGACGGUGGUGCCCAGUGGGGCCUUUGAGUACCUGUCCAAACUAAGAGAACUGUGGCUGAGGAACAACCCCAUUGAAAGUAUCCCCUCCUACGCCUUCAACCGGGUGCCCUCCCUCAUGCGACUGGACUUGGGAGAGUUACGGAAACUGGAGUACAUCUCUGAAGGAGCUUUUGAGGGCCUACAAAACCUCAAGUACCUCAAUCUGGGCAUGUGCAACAUAAGGGGUGAUAUGCCAAACCUAAGUCCCCUCAAGGGCCUGGAGGAGCUGGAGAUCUCUGAAAAUCACUUCCCAGAGAUAAAGCCAGGAUCUUUCAAAGGCCUGCGCUCACUGAAAAAGCUAUGGGUGAUGAACUCUCAAAUCACAGUGAUAGAGCGCAACGGUUUCGAUGACCUAUCUUCAUUGGUGGAGCUUAAUCUGGCCCAUAACAACCUGAGCGCUGUGCCACAUGAUCUGUUCUCCCCGCUCAGGUACCUGGUGGAGCUCCAUCUCCACCAUAACCCUUGGAACUGUGGCUGUGAGGCUGUAUGGUUAGCCCGCUGGCUAAGGGAGUACAUCCCUACUAACUCAACUUGCUGUGGACGUUGUCACUCACCUGUCAGCAUGAGAGGGCGACAGCUGGUUGAGGUGGCCCGAGGAGAGGGUGCUGCAACCCAAUGUUCUGCACCAUUCAUUGCCGAUGCACCAAGGGACCUGAACAUUUCAGCAGGGAGGGUGGCUGAGAUUCGUUGCCGCACGGCCUCAAUGUCUUCAGUGCGCUGGCUCCUGCCCAAUGGGACUAUCCUGACACAUGCCUCCAGUCACCCGAGAAUAUCAAUCCUGAAUGACGGUGCCCUUAAUUUCUCAAAUGUCUUGGCUGUAGACACGGGCACUUAUACCUGCAUGGUGUCCAAUGCAGCGGGGAACUCCAACGCCUCGGCCUACCUCAAUGUGAGUGCAGCCGAGCUCAACACGUCCAACUUGAGUUACUUCACUACAGUGACAGUGGAGGUCUUGGGGCCAACCACUGAGAUGCCCAAACCAAGAACCACCUCAACUACAGCAGCAGGGGCUGGGGGGGCUGGAGGAGGAGGGGUAGGCCUAGGGACAACGACUACAACGGCCUCCCCUUCUGUCUUUCAGCCGGUCUUCAUCUCCACACCGACUGUGCUGCUGCAAAGCACCAACAGCCCUGCAGGUGCAGCCAAGACAUCUGUGGCGCCAGGACUCCAAGGUGCCACUGGCAAACCAGGGAGGUCUGGCCCUAGCCUGGAUGAAGUGAUGAAGACCACUAAGAUCAUAAUUGGUUGCUUUGUAGCAGUGACACUGAUGGCUGCGGUCAUGCUCAUCGCCUUCUACAAGUUGAGAAAGCGCCACCAGCAGAGGAGCACAGUGGCGGCUGCUCGCACUGUGGAGAUUAUCCAGGUGGACGAGGAAGACCUUCCUCCACCGGCGUCUGCGGCUCAAGAGACGGCGCUCACGUUGCCUGAAAUCCGGGACCACAACAGCAUACACAAACUGGACUUUAUCAGCCACAAGACUGACUAUAGCUUUCACAAACCCAAGGUUGAAUACAGACCCCAGCCUGACUUCACCCUUCAUAAGCCGAAGGCCGAGUAUACCACAUACAAGCCAAAUAUGGACUACAGUGGCCACAAAUACAUCCCAGAUUACAACACUCACAAAUCGACACCAGAUUUUAGCCUUCAUAGACCAAAGCCUGACUAUAGCCCAUUUAGGCCGGACUACAGCACUCACAAACCUAAAGCAGAGUACAGCCAAUUCAAACCAGAUUUUGGCACUAACCCAAAAAUAAAACCAGACUACAGCCCGUUCAAACCAGACUAUGGCACUCAUCCGAGGCAGAAAACGGACCUCAGCCCAUUUAAACGAGAUUACAGCACCCAACCAAAACCUAAACAUGACUACAGCCCAUUAAAACCGGACUACAACACACAGCAUAAACCUAAGGCUGAAUACAGUCCAUUCAAGCCAGACUUUGGCACUCAUCCAAGACCUAAACCUGAAUACAGCCCAUUUAAGCCUGACUACAGCACUCAACCCAAACCCAAAACAGACUACAAUGCCCAGAGAUCGAAAACGGACAGUACCUACAAACCCAGGGACCCUUACUCCUCCCACGUGACUGGAACAGAUUACAGCGCCUUCAAUCCCGACUUCAGUCCCCACAAAGCGGAUUACAGCGCCUUCAAGUCCGACUUCAGUCCACACACUCAGAGACCUAAACUUGAUUACAGCCCCCAUAAAGCGGACUACAGCCCCCAUAAAAUGGACUACAGCACUACGAAGCCUAAAUAUAACACCUAUAAACCGACCGGCCAUGGGGCUAAAUGGACAGACAACAAUGUUGGGAACUCUUUGCCUCGAACCUUGCCCAGCACCAUCACAGCAAUGGCUGAGCCCUUUGUCAUAAAAACUCACACCAAGGAGAAAGUGCAGGAGACUCAGAUUUAAAAAGACCCCCCCCCAAAAGGCUCCCACUCCUUCCCCUAGGUUCCUACCUCCCACUCACCCCUUUUCCCUUCGCCAUUUCCUCAUAAACUCAUGCAAUAGAAUGCACAACGAAAAAAAGGACAGCAACUACUUUUUUGUACAGAGUGCAAACCUAAAAAGACUGAUGAUUUCUUGUUGUACAUGCUUAUAAAUAAAUAUAUAUAUGGACAAAUUGAAACUACCAUGGGCUGGUGAUAGAGAAACAUAUAUUAAAAAGAAAUUGAAACUAUUUUCUAACUUGUAACUUCUAUUUAAAACAAUGAGUUGUUUAAGAUGCUGUCUUGACUUUGACAAAUGAGGGUAGUGUCGUUUUAAAAAGGGGGCAUUCUGUGUGAUUUUUACACCAUGCUACAGAGAAUGCAGUGAUGAGAAGAAAAAAAAAUAUUUAUACCGAGAAGACUUUCUUUAACAAAAAACCCGAAAAAAGGUCAGUGUCGAUCUUUACAGGUUUAUCUUGUAAAAGCACCAAGAAUUUGUACUGUGCCAAAUGUUAAAUGCAAUAAAAAGGAUUUUUGGAAGAAAAAAAAAAAAAAAAAAAGAAGUUAUUAGAGAGAGAUGUUUUUUUCCUUCAUUUCUUCUCCUGGUGUAUACUGUAGUGAUCAGCCAAAUGCUUUAGACACUGCAGCAAGACUCUGCAGCUAUACUUUAACCCUGCGAGUGCUGAAUGACUCACAAUGCAGAAGUGGAUGGCGUUUGUUUUUUUAAUCUCUCUCAACACCUAUUAUCAUAUUCUUUAUAUGCAACAAAAGAGCGCGUUCCGUUUCUAUGUUACACCAAUGAGUGUCACGGUGCUUCAUCAAGGUGUGGCUAAAGAAAAAGUGUCUUUUCUCUUAAGUUCUAUGAUGUUAAAAGAUGAAGCAAUGGUGUGUCCACAGACAAGUACAGCAGCGCUACUCGAACAUCUAAUGUUAACUGAAAUGCUCAUUACAUAAUGCUGUUCAACGAUGCAAACCGAUUGUGUUACCUGUUUCUAUCCGACACUACAAAGUGGUAUUAUCAAUCAUGUAACUAAUGAGUGAAAACCGUGAUAAAUGAAGGUGAAGUACUGUUCGGGUGUUAAGACUGUCUUGCACUUUGCCAAAAAAUAUAGAUCCUCAUUUCACUUUCCAUUGCAUUGCCAGCUGUUGUGCCUUCAUCAAUCAGUACGGGGGCCUUUUUAUGGUGACAAAUGCAUUUGGGUCUUGCUGUUAACUGCAUUUUUCUUCUUCAAGAAUAUCACCCCUCUCAAUCAUAAUACAGCAAGACGACGCUCUGCCUGACAAAGAAGGAUGGCGUGCAACACACAGGGUGGUUAGUACGCACGUAUUAGACGGGUGAGCCGGUUGGUUUUUCGGAAACCACGGCGAGACAAAGCUGUGUUUGUGGCGACUGUAACUGUUUACUGUUGUUAGGGCUAAAAAACAAGAUUGACUGACAGAAAAACAUAAAAUAAAAGGUGAUGUGAACUACCAUGGGAGCACAUAUCAGUUAAAAACAGAACAACAUGUUGUGAGUGGGCAAACAUGUGGGUGAGGGAUGACAACGAAUACUUUUGCAAGCUGUGUGGACCAUAAUCAUCACAUCCAACACAGAUACUACCUUCUCAGUAAGCCUUAUGAAGCUGUACAAUUUUAAAGUAAAUCAACAUGAAUUUAAAAAAACGCAAGAAGUAGCCUCUAGAGAUGUGUGACAUUAUCAGAUCUACAGUCUUUAGUUGACCGCACCAGUUCACGUAGCAGACAAGACAUGGUGCAAAAAGAGAGCUCGUUAGAGAGAGUACCUGAGAGAGAGCCACAAGAACAAUAUUAGGGUUUUAACAUUGGCGAUGGAGAAACUGAAGAAAGACAAUGUUUCAAUAUGAGAGAGGUCGACACGGCACAUCACAAAAAUAGCGCAGCCGUUAAACUGAGAGCUUGUGAUGUACUUAACCUGUAGUAGAGGCUGUCAGAAGAGGAGAAUGAUGUGUAUGUGUUUGUGGGGGCAGCAGUCCAGCAGAAAAGAGGGAGUGUGUGAGAUAGAUAGAGUAAGAGAUGGAGGCUGAAGAGGACAGCUGAAGAGGGCGAGAGAGCAUUUCGCGUAAGGGUUUUGGUUUGUUUUUUUUACAUUUAGUUGUUGGCUUGGAAACGCAGGACAUGUUGUGGCAUUUGUUGUAAAUGUGUAAUUUAAAUAUCAUCUAACAUUGUGCUGCAUGAUGAGGCCGGGAUGGAUACGAUGAUCCCAAUGAGGAGAGAUGACGUUUGGGAGUAAGAAUAAAUAAAAAUGGGUGCCAAAAGUGUGCAGUGCAGCAGAAAAAUAUAUUGCUUGGAGAAGAAAAUGGGAUCAUAUCAAAAAAGGAGAGCACAGAAUGUUCUUCUUGAAAACAUAUUAAGAGGAUGUUUGGGAUCUCAGGGGCCAAGGAGAUCUGGCAGACAGACUGAAGAAAAGUUAAAAUGUCUAUUCCCUAAUAACCAGCAACACAACAGUUUCAGGUCCAGCUAUAGGUGUGGUCCAGCUAUAGGUGUGGUUACAUACAGAGUGGUCACAGCUGCAUCAGUGUUUUGUCAUGAUCCCAAAGAGAGGAUUUUAUUUUCCUCUACCAACCAUCAUCAAACUGGGGUGAAAAUAAGCUGCUGCAGUGAACACAGGGCUGUCAAAAUCAGACCAGAUCACCUACAGCUCUCCUCUGCCCACGAUGUCUGUUGAUGACUCAGCCUGCAUUUUAGAUAUUGACCAACUUUCUGCAGGUGCAAGAAUGAGCCAAAUAGAUCAGACGUGUGUGUCCAUGUAAACGUGUCUAUUGCCCCAGCUGUGUGUUGUGUGUUUGGUGACAUCUAACAGGGAGCAAGGAAACAAUAAGAGCUGCCCAGUGACAUCAAACGUGGAAAAAGGAAUGGAGAGAGAGAGAGAGCAGGAUGAUAUAUCUAAACUUAACAUUAAACCAGACGCAAACACACCCAUUUCAUACACGGACACACUUUCAUACUGACAGUUUGUCCCUGUGCCGACUCAUCCGUCACAUCCUCUCCCACUCCUGUGGUUGACUUCUAAUCGUUUGUAAUAUCAAAGCUACGCAAAGCCAAAGCAGCAGGUUUUCCUAAUCGUCUCUAAUGUGAAACAUGCGAGAGGGAAGUUUAAACACCAACAAUGGAUCAGGGUGUUGCAUCUCGAUGGACAGUGUAAAUGGGUUAGAUGGAUUGUGAGCAGUUGUGUGAACAGAUGCAAGCACUGUAUCAAGCAUUAAGCCGUGUGUGUGCGCCUCAGUAUGCUAUAGCAGGGGCUUAUGCCACACCAUAUUGUUUAAUGCCGUGCUAUGUGGUCACAUAUUAAGCUGCACUGUGCUAUAAAAAGGCUCCGUCAUACUAAUCUGCCAACACGGCUACAGGGUCAUCAAUCAGCCAAUCAGCCACCGAAGGGCUCGUCUCCAUGGGAAACACUCGCUCCCUCCGUCCCCUCCUCCUCCGAGUCAUUCUCUCCCUCUUUCUUCCUUUCCGUCUGUGUGCUUCAUUAGCAAUCAUGAAGCCAUUUGAAAGAGGAAGCAAGGCAAGAUGCACCUAUUUACCCACAGCUCACAGAGCCAGGGGGAGAUUAGAGUCAGAGGAGGAAGAAGACAAAGUGGUUUGGAAAUGGAGACGGAGGAAAGAACAUUUAAAUAGGAAGGGAGGGCAUGACAGAUUGCUCGAGAGAAGUUAUGAGGGGAGCGAGCGAAAGUGAGAAAUUUAGCCAAAAAGCAGAAAGCAGGGUUAGAAAAAGGGAGCGGGUCUAAGAAGCAGAGCGCAGACAGCCUCGGGAAAACACGAUAUACACAGAGAAAUACUGCGAGGCUGGAUGAGGUGAUUGAUUGUACAUCACAGCACUACUGGGAGACUAAAAGAAAUAGACAUGAGAAGGAGACGUGAGAGGUGAAGGGAAAGGGUACCGAGGGAGAAUCAGGACACAGGGAUAGGAUAUAGGGAAGGAAAAACAGACGGCAAGGUAAUAUAAAGGACAUAAUAGUAAGAUUUGAUUAAAAUGAAAAUGAGAGGAAAAAGAGGUGGUGGAGCGACGAUAAGAGGGGAAAGCAAAGCAGCAAGCGAGGGAGAGAGAGAGCAAAGGUACUCUGGGAAAGGAGCACGCAGAGCAAAUGUGAUGCAAGAGUGCCAGCUACAGAUGGAACGGGGGAUAUGUAGUGCGGCCAUC